AUGUCGGACCAUCCUCUCUAUCAAUUGGACCCCUAUGUCCCUGGCAGCAACAGUGUUAGUAGCACCGCGCGCAUCAGGAAGCGCGACAGGUUCCGCGAGUUCUGGGGCCUCUCCAAAUCCAAGACCAAAGAGGUCAAGCUCAAGACCUCGAACCAGUCGCUUUACUCUCGACCUGCUUCACUGCUGUCCACUCGACCUCCCUCUGUUGUCUCCCAAGCCAGCAGCUGGCUUUCAGGCAACCGCCAAUUUACUCGUACUACCGACAACCAAUCUGCUUCUCCUACAAGCGACAACCAGUCUACCCCUUCCACCACCGUGCAGGAGAAGGUACUCUCAGCGUCCCUUUACACAUCGCGUAUUCUCGAGGACAUCUUUGACGAGGAUGUGCCCAGGCCCACCAUGAAGACUGAGUUGCCUCAACCUCAGCAACGCAUCAAGAUGACGCAGCAAUUGGUCUACUGCAACGCCUUGCUUCUACGGGAUACAUUGUCCCCAUCGAAAGUUGUUACAGGAAAAGACGUGGGCAGGGCUGGCCCCCUUGUUCUUCAAGAACCCGUCUUCGACAAGGCGGAGCUCGACUGGUUGGAGACGACAAAGAAGGACCUCAUGGAAGUAGAUCGCCUGGGUUGGCUGGCCACUCGGGUGGUGGAACAGUUUGUCACCGAUGCCAACAAGGACUUCACCAAGAUCGCCGAGAUCGUCGCCCUUGGACCUGUCUUGGAGAAGGAGCACUACCGCAAGCUGCUCUCGACCUUUAUCAAGGAGUUCGACGAUGAUCGCAUCCUGGACGUGAAUAUGAUUCAAGGCCUAGUCCAGCUGGCUCAGGAUACUUCUCCUGGGUAUCUGGAGUCGGAUGACUUGGUCAAGAUCCUUGGCAUCCUUAGAGUCCACCUGCAAGGCACUCACCAACAGUCGACCGAGCACUCCUACCACCUUACUCUAGCUGUCUCGAGGAUCCUUGAUGUCAUGGCCGACCACAAGGUGCAGGAUCUGGAUCAUGUCCUCGAACAUGAGCCACUGUCGGGAGUCUUGUCGGGACUGAAGGAUAGCUCGGACCCCUACUUGAUGUACCAAGCCUGUUAUGCCUUCCAGGCUCUCCAGUAUGUGCCUGAUGACGAGAGCGCUCUUCAAGCUGUGUGGAGGCACUCGAUCGGUGUGGUUGACGGCCUAGUAAAGGUCACUGCCGUCUUCAGGCUGGACCUAGCGUCGGUUCUCGAAGGUCUGAGAAACUUGCAGGACGUUCUUGGUGGUGUGAUAUCAGUGACUGGUUCUGUGUACGAAGGGAUCUGUUCGUUGAUGGAGAGCGGCCGAGGUGUUCUGGACAGUUUGAAGGACGGACUUGGAUCCGGCCAGAAGCAACUUUGGUAUCCUGCUGUCAAGGCUGCCUAUGCUUUUGCCCAGGCUGGUCAGCUCAAGGAUCUGAAGGUGUUAAUAUUUGAGGCUCCUUGUCGCCGAGACCCUUUGUUCCAGUGGGGGAUAUGCCAACUGUUGAGCGAGAUUGUUGUUGAUCCCGCAUGGGUUGUCUCUGCACGCCAACAAUCCGUCACUCUCCUCGGUCAUCUCUGCCAGCACGGUCAAGACUGGGGCCAGGAUGAGAGCGUCAAGGCAUGGAUGCUCACCAUCAUCACCAAUCUGUGCGCCUCCUCCGACCAAACCGUCAGUGGGACCGCCCGUUCUGUAAUGCAGGAUGUGACAGUGCACCAAAAUGCCUUGAUCAAUCACCCUUACUUAUUGAGGGCCCGUCUCCCCUUACCUUCCGCAUCGCCACUCCUUUCCAAGGUCCAAAACAUCCAGUACGUAGAGUACGACCUGCAUAAGUUCCGGUCGCAGCGACUGGACGAGGCCAAACUGCCAGUCUACAUCUCUCCUAUGGCGAAGGCCAACCUCCAAGCCCACGAUGACGAACUCUUCCCCCUCAAGGAAAAAGUUCAAGAGUUCUUGACCAGUGAGCGACAGGUCAUGCUUGUCUUGGGUGGCUCAGGAGCAGGCAAGUCGACCUUCAACAAGCACCUCGAAUCCGAGCUCCUGCGCACAUACACCUGCGGUAGCCCUAUCCCAUUGUUCAUCAACUUGCCCACCAUCGACCGACCUGAGAAGGACCUCAUUGGAGAGCAUCUGAGGACCAACAACUUUUCUGAGGAGCACAUUCAGGAGAUGAAGCAAUAUCGCCAGUUUGUCAUCAUCUGCGACGGGUACGACGAGAGCCAGCUCACCGUCAACUUGCACACAGCCAACCACUUCAACCAGCCAGGUCAGUGGAACGUCAAGAUGGUGAUCUCCUGCAGGACCCAAUUCCUAGGUCAAGACUACCGUAGCCGGUUCAUGCCUGAAGGGUCUAGUCACUACACCCGCCAAGCUACCGACCUCUUCCAGCAGGCUGUGAUUGCGCCUUUUUCCAAGAGGCAGAUCGAGGACUAUGUCGAAAAGUACGUCCCCCUCGAGCCGCGGAACUGGACCACCAAGGACUACAUGGACAGGUUGAUCACCAUCCCCAACCUCAUGGAUCUGGUCAAGAACCCCUUCCUUCUCUCACUAUCGCUGGAGGCACUGCCAGGAGUUACCGAGGGCAAGCAGGAUCUAUCGGCCAUCAAGAUUACGCGUGUUCAGUUGUAUGACACUUUUGUGAGUCAUUGGUUGGCUAUCAACAGCCUACGGCUUCAACACAAUACUUUGAUGAGGGAGGACCGAGAUAUGCUGGAUCAACUAUUGGAGGCAGGAUUUAUUUCGAUGGGUGUUGACUAUGCUACCAGGCUGGCGUUGGCGAUCUUUGAGCACCAGGAAGGAAAUCCAGUGGUCCAGUAUAUCCACGUGAAAGACAAGAACUCAUGGAAAGCCGAGUUUUUUGGCCCUGACCCUGAAGCCCGAAUGCUGCGAGAAUCGAGUCCCCUGACCCGCACUGGCAGCCAGUUUCGAUUCCUUCAUCGAUCACUGCUGGAGUACUUUCUUUCAUGCGCUGUUUUCGAUCCCAAUAUUUAUGGCAACAACGACGACUUUUCUACACGAUUUGAUCCUGCGUCCUCUAACUCUGCGUUGCUUGAGGCCAACGGUACCUUAUUCAAGCGUAACCUCAUCACUGAACCAUCGGUCAUCCAGUUCCUGUGCGAGCGAGUCAAGCAGCACCCCGAUUUCGAGAAGCAGCUCCUAGCCGUCAUCAAUCAAUCAAAGACCGAUCCCAGUGCUGUCACCGCUGCCGCCAACGCCAUCACCAUCCUUAUCCGAGCCGGGGUCCUUUUCAACGGCGCCGACCUCCGUGGCAUCCGCAUCGCAGGAGCUGACCUUUCCGAGGGUCAGUUUGACUGCGCCCAGUUUCAAGGAGCCGAUCUGAGAGGAGUCAACUUUGCAAGGAGUUGGCUGAGGCAGGUGGAUUUUGGUGAUGCACGGAUGGACGGUGUUCGAUUUUGGGAGCUGCCAUAUUUGAAUGAGCGUGUCGGAGUCAAUGCUGUCGCCUUUUCUCCAGAUGGAAAGUUGUUUGCUGUUGCUCUGCGUGACGGAAGUCUCAUUAUCUACGACACUACAGCAUGGACUCGAGCUUAUCAACACAAAGAAAAGAGUGUGGUGUGGAGUAUCGCCUUUUCACCCAACAACCAACACCUUGCGCUUGGGAGCAUGAAUGGAAUCUGUCGAUUAUGGGAUACUGUCAGUGGCGAGACUUUGUUGGUCAUGGAGGGGCAUACAGAUUGGGUGAGGUCAGUGGCAUUUUCACCUUGCGGCAAGCAGAUCGCAUCGGCCAGUGACGAUAGAACGAUUCGGUUGUGGAGCUCGGAGACAGGAGAGUGCUUGUUUGUCUUGAACGGUCAUGAACGAAGCGUUUUGAGUGUCGUGUAUUCAGCUGACGGACGGAGACUUGUCUCAGGCAGUUUGGAUUUGACGAUUCGAGUGUGGGAUCCAGAGACAGGAACACCAGAGGCUGACUGGGUCACCCCCCUUGUUGGCGCUUCGCGCAUGGCCCUUUCUGCGGAUGGAAGACAGUUCGCCCUCAUAACUGGUUUCAGGGAUUCUGAGAUUCGCUUGGUGGAUGCAAUCACCGGAGAACAGGGUCUGAUUCUCAAGAACGAUACCGAGUGGCUACAAGGUGUUGCAUUCUCUCCAAUUAGCGAGUUGAUUGUUUCUUCAAGCAAGGACAAGACCGUUCGGCUGUGGGACUCAUCGAGUGGACAACUCAUCUCCAUGUUUUCGGGUCAUCGCCACCGGAUCAACACCUGCACCUUUUCCCCAGACGGCCUACAAAUUGCUUCAGGAGAUCGGAGCGGGAUUAUACGACUCUGGGAGGUGAAUACCAACCGGUCGAACUCCAUGACACAGAAACGUGCCGCCAAGGUUCGAACUGUGGCGUUCUCUCCUGACGGUCAGUUUGUAAUCUCUUAUUAUAACAACAACACCAUUCAACGCUGGGAUUCUUCCACAGGAGCCUCCGGACCCAUUCCGUCAUCGUUCACAAUCGAUGUCUAUUCUGUCGCGCUUUCACCGAAUGGCUGUUGGUUUGCGAGCGCUUGUGGAGACGGGAGUAUUCAUCUGUUGAACGUCCAAACCGAUGUUGAGCGCGUUCUCUUCGGAUCUUCCAGCUGCCAAGUUGUUGAUAUGAGUUUCUCACGCUGUGGUCGGUGGUUGGUCUCACAUGAUAGCCUCAGGGUUACACGCUUGUGGGAUCUUGAUAGUAUCGAUGAUCAAGGCAAAGUGGUGGGUGAAAUGGCCGAUCAGUACAGCGGUGGAGGAUCCGUGGUGUUCUCCCCCGUCGGAGAUCAGUUUGCCGUUCGAUUGGGAUUGUCGUUCUUAUCAAGGCUUCGUCUUUUCGAUCCUCGAGUGACGGACCAUCGUCAACCUCUGAAGGAAAUGUGUUUACCAGGCAUGCUACUCUCAAUGGACUACUCACCAGAUGGUCAGCGACUCGUACUCGGUACUGGUGCCUCCUCGAUCCUGCUCUGGGACCUUCAGUCGUACAGGCCUCAUUUCAAACUAGAAGGUCACACUGGCGCGGUGCUCAGCGUCGCCUACUCUCCUUGUGGCAAGUGGAUCCUCUCUGGCAGUCAGGACAAGUCGGUGCGUCUAUGGUCAGGCGAGGUUGACAGUUGGUCCUGUGUUGCUAUUGUUAGUGGAUUCUCAGAGGCCAUUACAAGUGUAGCAUGGAAUCCGGCAGUGUCGAUGGAGUUUGUCACUGGUUCCGAUGAUGGGUCUGUUCGAGUGUGGCGUAUUUCGGGUGCCGAGACAGGAGACGUGUCGAUUCGUAUGCGCUGGAGCUCUUACAUUGGGCAGCUAUACGUUGUUGGUCUGACAUUCAAGGGAGCCGUUGGUCUCAGCCCGCUCUCCGAGAGGUUGUUGAUCCAGCGUGAUGCUAUCAACGAGGGUGUGGAAGGAGAUGACCUCGAGCCUCGUGAGGAGAUUGAGUAG